AUGUCAGUAGAUCCGGAUUCACGCAGGAAGUUGUUGAGCUUGCAAAAAGUUGGUGAAAACAAGAAAUGUUUUGAUUGUGGUGCACCUAACCCACAAUGGGCGUCGCCUAAAUUUGGCGCAUUUAUUUGUUUAGAAUGUGCUGGUAUACACAGAGGAUUGGGAGUUCAUAUAUCAUUUGUACGAUCAAUAACCAUGGAUCAAUUCAAACCGGAAGAGACGUUGCGAAUGGAAAUUGGUGGUAAUGAACGAUUGAGGAAGUACUUUGAAGAAAAUGGCGUUGAUUUGAGCUUGCCUGCCAAACAAAAAUUUGACAAUUAUGUGGCUGAAGACUAUAAGGAGAUGUUAACUUGUGAAGUUGAAGGAAGGGAGUUUGUGGCAAAGGAUCAUUCGGGUGAGAAAUUACCAGAUAAGGAUAGUAUUAGUUCGACGACGGCUACAACGACGACAUCUACUCGUGCCAAUCCUGCAUUAACCGAUGAACAAAAAAUCAAGAACGAAUCAUAUUUUGCUUCUUUAGGAGCCAAAAAUGAAUCAAGACCAGACCAUCUUCCGCCAUCACAAGGAGGCAAAUAUGCUGGUUUUGGCAAUAUUCCAGCACCUGCAUCCAAUGGUACGUCUGCAGGUGGAUCAUCAUUUUCCAAUUUCACAGUUGAUAAUUUCCAAAAGGACCCAUUGGGAACUUUCACAAAGGGAUGGGGUCUUUUUUCGUCGACCGUGGCCAAGUCAGUUCAGGAAGUAAAUCAAAGUGUUAUUCAACCAAGUUUGAGUCAGUUACAGCAAAGCGAAUUCAGCGCUGAAGCCAAAAAGGCAAUGGCUCAAUUUGGACAAAAGAUGCAAGAAACUGGUAAAUAUGGACAGGAAACUUUCCAAACUUUUACCAAGGAAGUGAAUGAAAAUGGACUAAACAAGACUAUUGAUCAUCGAUUUAAUGGAUUAUGGGCCAAAUCAAACAAGGGUGGUGACGGUGAUGAUGACGUUCCAGUUGCGUUUGGUUAUAAAAAGUCCGAGGAUGGCGUAAAGUAUGAGAGUUUAUCAGGAGGUUCCAAUUCGAAAUCACACGAUGAUGAUAAAUGGGAUGACUUUUAG